UGUGGCACUGGCAUCUGGUGGUCGCUAUUCUGAAUACCGAUUACUUGCAAGAUUAAAUAUAUUCUCAAUAGCGCCACAAAGUACUUGAACAAUAUAUGUAUAUACCUACAGAGAAACACAUUAUUUCCUUUGCAUCGUGGAAUCAGUUAAAAAGCACCAAUCAAAUUCAAAACUUUUGAUGUCGUUUAGUUAAAUCCAGUGCCUAAUAACUAGCCGCGUAGGUAGGAAAGGUACAAUAUCUAAAAUAGAAAAUUCUUUUCAGAAACAAUGCUUUGCAAAGUGUGCGGUUGGGUUGAUGAGUAUUAUAAUGAAGAAUCAGUUGUUAAUCAUAGAUUUACUCCGAAGCACGUCUGCAACUUGGAGCUCGCUAACUUUAAAAGCAGCGAGAAAUAUUACACUUCAAAUAGGAAAGGCGUCUACGUAUUUUGUUCUGCUCACAGCAAGCCAACAGGCGAUGGAGAAGAAUCUGAUAUUUGGAGAACUGAUGAACAAAACAUUCAAAUAUUUGUUAAGCCUAAGCAACGCGUACAAUUCUCAUUCAGCGUUGCCAACGACGUAAAUAAUGGCAGCGUGUUUGUCAUGGGAGCGUUACUAGCUCAUCCUCAACCGCAAUUUGAAAUAAACGAUCACCCUUUUGUAUUUGGUGAAGAUCCAGUACUUUUACAACCUGGAACGAUUCUUGAUGGAACAGUUGUGGUUACAUUUGAAUCAAUGGACAUCGGCCAUUAUGAGAUGCCCAUAAUAUUUACCUUUGCCAAAGAAAGCGAAUCCAAGAAUUUGAUUAUUGUUAGAGAAAUGAUUGUGAAAGUGACAGAAAACCCUCUAUCAGAAUUAGAGAAAGAUGGAAUUACUCAGGUCCAACAGCCGGCGCUGUGGACUAGUGCUGAGCAUUUUAUCAGAUCUCCGCUUCAGAUGACGACUCAUCAAAACAUCUUCAAAAUUCCAAAAUUAUUGAAAAUUCUUCUGCCUCGUGAUCUCAAAAAUAGUAUUUUGGACGAUCCAGAAAUACCUUCAGAUUUGAUUGAGAAGUUGAAAAGGGUGCUUGCGACCACAAGAUCUAUAUUUGAAGAAGGCAUAACAAGAUUUAAUUAUAUGGCAUAUUUUCAUCAUUUACUUUGGUGGGAAGAAUCUAUUGCUACACAGAAUCUUAAGCAAUACACCAUAGCGAAAACAACAAUAAGUAAAAUGAAUGGAAACGACUGUUAUCUAGUCGAAGUGGACGGAUUACCAGAACGAAGUCCGUCUGUAAUACGCGGUGACAGAAUACUAAUACGACCAAGUUAUAACAAUGAUGUUGUAUUUGAAUGUUUCGUCAAGAAUUUCACAACAACCGAAGUUUUACUAACAGGAUUCGAUAAAAGUUUUAACGGAUACUACACUAAGAAUACUCUAUUCGACGUCCACUUCACGUACAGUCGUAUGCCGAUGGAACGCAUGCACGACGCAAUAUCAAAGGUGUUCACCACCAAACAAGCCUGCCGAGUGUUCCCCGUGCCGAGCAAGAUACCAAUACCGGUUAAGACAAUUUCACGAUUUUAUAACAAUGUAGUCAGAGACAAUGAGGAGCAAAGGUCUGCAGUGGAGCAUAUUGUGUCCGGGACGUCCGGUACAGUUCCGUACAUCUUGGUCGGGCCCCCAGGCACCGGCAAAACUAUGACCAUUGUUGAAACUAUUGUACAGUUGGUAUCAGCUAACCCACGAAAUCGUAUUAUGGUAUGCACACACUCAAACAUGGCUGCCGAUCAUAUUGCUGUAAUGCUACUCGAAUAUAAUAAAAAAAUGAAGAUCGAUAAAUUCAUUCUACGCGGCAAUUCUCGGUGCAGAGACUGGAGUAUGAUGCCGCCAGUCUUGGGGCCUGUAUCCAACGGCACUAGCUUCGAAAGUUUUAGUUCCUUGAAAAAUGAAACUGUCAGCUACUACAGGAUAUUUGUGACGACACUCACCCACGCCGCCAAAUAUGCUACGGAAAAAAGUCAGAGUAUAUAUAAACUUGAAAUGACGCAUCUGUUUAUCGACGAAGCGGCACAGGCAUCAGAGCCUGCGACAUUGGUGCCCAUAUGCGGGCUCCUGUCACCAACUGGCCAAGUGGUUCUCGCCGGGGACACCCGCCAACUGGGACCCGUGUGCGUCUCUUAUGAAGCAAAACGAAUGGGAUUAGGUAAAUCUUUGAUGGAGCGACUAAAAGACACGCACACGAACAUUUACGACAACGAUCCCAACUUCACAUCAAUGCUCAUCAAAAAUUAUCGCUCCGAUCCCGAUAUACUGAAAAUUCCCAAUACUCUAUUCUAUGAAGAACGAUUGCAGGCACUCGCAAAACCUGAUCCUUUGAGCUCUGUGAGCAUACUGGGACUUCCUGGAGGCAACAGAUCUAUCGUCUUCCAUGCUGUUCAAUCUCAAGAGCACAAAAUUGGUGGAAAGCCCAGUUACUCCAACGAAAUUGAACUGAAUAUUGUGAUGAAGUACGUAAAAGCUCUUAUCUAUGAACACAACGUACAGCCAGAAGACAUUGGGAUUAUUUCUCCUUAUAUAAGACAGGUGAACAGAAUGAAAACUUUAUUAGAGUGUAAAGAGUACAACAACAUAGAAGUGGGGACUGUAGAAUCUUUUCAAGGAAAGGAAAAGAGGGUUAUUUUAAUUUCAACUGUGAGAGCCAACUGCAAAUUGUUAGACCAGGACGCUAAAUAUAGUCUGGGAUUCUUAGUUGACGAGAAGAGGUUUAAUGUCGCAUUGACUAGAGCAAAAGCAAAAUUAAUAAUAAUCGGCAACCCCGCUUGUUUAACGAGGGACGAGAAAUGGCGUAUGUAUAUGGAACAAUGCAACGAUUAUGACACCUACCAUUGCAGAGAAACGCAGCAGUUACUUCGAGAUACCAACCUACAUAUGGAAAUAAUGAACAGACUCGUAAUAACUGGCAUCAUUCACGAUAUGAAUAAUUAUACUUUUUACUAAUAAUGUCAUAAAUUAUGCGUUGUGCCACCCAUUAUGUAUUAUUAGUACUAAUUUUUAUGGAUUAUGAUGCAACUGUAUUUCCGCUUGUGCUAAUGUAUACGCUGGCGGGAUAUCAGUGAAGACCUUUUAAAUAAGAAUAGAUAAAAUUAAUUUAUUUUGAAUUUUCCGCAAUUUUUUCCAAGAAGUCGCUGGGAUUUCGAUCUGCUGAAAUAGUGACCACAAAUUUAUUAUAAAAAAGGCUGACGACGACAAACGUCACGAUGCCAAACGUCAGCCUCUCCUGUAAUAAACUUGUGUACAUGUCAUGUUUGUCAUAACUAUAUUUAGUUGUGGAUUGCAAAUGAUCAUGCGGGUUCUCUAAAGAGUACCUAUUAUAGUUAAUUGUACUAAGUGAAUCUUUUUUCAGAUAUCCCUUAAUUACAUGCAUUACAAUUAUAUUUAAUACUCUGUUAUUAAAAAGUAUGUAUAUUACGAUACACCAAAACCAGUGAUCAUUUUUAAUCUCCAGAAAUUCAGAUCUCAGUGUGUGAAAUUGUAUAAUUUAAAUGAAUUGUUAUGAAAUAUGUUAAAUGUAUUUGACAAGGUUUAAACUGUGAUAUUUAAACUAAAUUUUAAUCCGUGCCAUUUAUAAGAAUUAGCUAGUUAUAUUUUUGUAAUUAGAUAAGUAAUUAUUUGAUUGUAAAUUUGUUCUUAGGAAAUAAGA